CUGAUUGGACAAGUUGAUCACCCUACAGAGGCCACGCCGAGUGAUGGAAACGGCGCUCUGAUUGGACAACUGAAUCACCUCACAGCUGUCGCUCAAAGCGAAACAUGCAACAGCCGAAAUAAUAAACUAUCAACUCCAGCCUUCACUUCCCAACCUCUCUGUUUUUCCCGUUCCCUUAACAGACAAUUAUUCAAAAACAUUCCUAAAUUAAAUACAGUAUCACGACAUCUGAAAACGUGGAAGUCAGCACUUGAGCGUAAUUUGCAUACUUUCAUUUGAUUGGUUAAGGCGUCUGACAUAAUAUUUUUCCGUGCGUUUUUUUUUUUUGAGUGUGUGACGUCACUGCAAUAAGUGCCCUGACAGAAUGAAUGUAUGCAGCAGCAGAAGCGAGGAUGUAUGAAUAGUUUGUUACUGUAUUUAAUGUUUCGUGAUGUCUGUGUGUCCUACACCGUUAUGAAGGACAUGUGAAGGGAUCCUUACUGAAGACUCAGACCAUGAAUUACGUGGGGCAGUUGGCAGGACAGGUGUUUGUGCAGGUUAAGGAACUCUACAGAGGUCUGAAUCCUGCCACGCUGUCCGGCUGCAUCGAUGUCAUUGUCGUACAGCAGCCUGACGGAUCUCUGAUCUGCUCCCCCUUUCACGUACGGUUCGGAAAGAUGGGCGUCCUGCGAUCACGAGAGAAAGUGGUGGAUAUAGAGAUUAAUGGGGAACCUGUGAAUUUGCAUAUGAAAUUGGGAGAGAACGGAGAAGCAUUUUUUGUCAAGGAGACAGAAGAUGAUCAGGAAGUGAUUCCCUCUCACCUGAUUACAUCUCCCAUCCCAUCUGAUGAUGGGGUUCUGAUGGGCUGCUGUGCUGAAAAUGAGGUGAUGAAGAAGAGGAGGAAGAGGAGAAGAAAGUUUAGAGUGGAGGGCACGAGGAGAGAGGAGAGCCUGGAGUUUUCAGAUAUAGAGCUGGUCAACAUGGCCAGCAUCAACAUUAAUGACAUUGAACAGCUUGAUGAGAACAGCAGUGAGUUUGAAAAUGACAGUUUAUUCACUGAAACCAAAGAAAAGAAAAACACAGAUCAUGCUCUUUCGGAUGGGGAAUUGAGUCACAGUCCUAAUGUAUUUCGUCCCGACACUCCUAAGAGUGACUCUGAACUGCUUUGUAAAGGACAGGAAGAGGAUUCGGCCAUGUUGUGGGCCUGGGGUGAACUUCCUCAAGCAGCCAAGUCAUCGUUUCUGUCGGCGAAGCCAAACCUCUUGCCGGCACAUCCGCUGUCGAUCCCCAUCUCAGACAACACACAUUUCAGAGUCAUUUCUGAGAACGCUGCCCAUGAUGAUGACAUCAGAGCUCCUGCUGAUGGCCAAUCAAUCGAAACGAAAGAAUUUGAAAAGCAGGAAGUAACAUCAGCAGCAUGCGUGAUGUCAGAGGUCGAGGAGAGCGGAGCAAAUAUUGGACGCCACCCACAUAUCAAAACAGAUUCCCCUUCUAAAAGAAAAGAUGAGAGAAGUCGCCACCUGGGCGCUGAUGGUGUGUAUUUGGAUGAUAUAACACAGUUAGAGCCAGAAGCCGCUGCACUUUAUUUUCCUAAACGGAGUGGAUCAGAGCGUUCAUGCGGUUAUAGUAGUUCUCACAGUGUUACCGUGUCUCAGUCGGCAUGUAGUUCAGGAGCAGACAGCGGUGUGGACAGUUACGACCUGCCCUCUAUCGCCAUCUCUCUGUGUGGAGGACUCACAGAAAACAGAGAUAUCACUAAAGAGCACUUCCAGCAGAGGUCUGUCUCUUAUCAGCAGUUUACUGAGAAUCCAUCCAUCAUCGAUCACCCAAAUCUGGUGGUGAAGAUCGACUCAAAGUAUUACAACUGGAACACGGCCGCUCCUAUUAUACUGGCAAUGCAAGCCUUCCAGAAACCAUUGCCUAAGGCCGUCGUCGAAAGAGUUGUAAAGGAGAAGAUGCCCAGAAACAGAGGAAGAUGGUGGUUUUCAUGGCGAGGAAGAGCAAACAGCACAAAAUCAGAUUCAGUUUCAGUUGGUUUAGCGUCUACCGCAGGAGAUGACAAGAACAGACGGACAGAAGAGUCCUCCUCCAGUGAUGAUGAUCACUUAUCUGCCAAUCAAACCACCAAACCUGUCCACACAGACCCCAACCUCCCCACAGGGGGCGUGGCCUAUAGGAAGACCCUCCGUCUGACCUCUGAACAGCUGGCUAACCUGCAGUUAAAAGCAGGUCCAAAUGAUGUGAUAUUUAGUGUGACAACUCAGUAUCAGGGAACAUGUCGCUGUGAGGGAACCAUCUACUUGUGGAAGUGGAGUGAUAAAAUCAUCAUAUCAGAUAUAGACGGUACAAUCACCAGGUCGGACAAGCUGGGACACAUUUUGCCCACGCUGGGUAAAGACUGGACCCAUCAGGGUAUCGCACGUCUAUAUCAUAACGUCAGCCAGAAUGGUUAUAAGUUUCUGUACUGCUCGGCGAGGGCGAUUGGAAUGGCUAAUAUGACGCGUGGUUACCUGCACUGGGUCAAUGAGAGAGGAACCAUGUUACCAGAGGGACCUGUUUUACUGAGUCCCAGCAGUCUGUUCUCGGCACUGCACAGGGAGGUGAUCGAAAAGAGGCCAGAGAAGUUCAAAGUGGCGUGUUUAACAGACAUAAAAAAUCUGUUUUACCCAAACACUGAGCCAUUUUACGCUGCAUUUGGGAACAGAGACACGGAUGUGUUUUCCUAUAAGGAGGUUGGCGUUCCUUUAAACAGAAUCUUUACCGUUAAUCCUAAAGGAGAACUGAUCCAGGAACACGCCAAGACCAACAUCUCUUCGUAUGUGCGUCUGGGUGAAGUGGUGGAUCACGUCUUUCCGCUCCUGAAGCGCAGAAGUUCCUGCGAUUUCCCCUGCAGUGACUCUUUCAGCCAAUUCACCUACUGGAGAGAACAGCUCCCCCUAGUGGACGGGCAGAUAGAGACCACUGAUGACGCCACUGAAUGAAUAGCACACAAAAACAAAUGUGCAGACUGUACACAACAAACGUGUUAAAGAUCAAAACUGUGGGGCAUAGCUGCACUUUAUUUCAAAGAUAUCUUCGCAUUUUACUAGUGAUAUGUAGAAUAUUGUAUAUAGUGAGUUAAAAAAAGUGAAUAUUUAUGAGAUGAUUUUGAUACAUCUAUAGCAUUUGUCAUAUAAAAGGUACAAAUGUUGUCACUGGUGUGGUAUACUUUUGUACCUAAAUGGUACAGUACAUAUUAGGACCUUUUCAGAAGGUACACGGGACCGUACGGGUGUGUGACAGUGUUUGUACCUUUAUUACUGAUGGUGUAGAAAGAUUAUCUGAAUACAUGCUUAAACAUAUCAUGAGUGUCAUCAACUGUUAGACUGAAAGAAAAUGAACAAUCUUACAUUCGUUACAAUCAAA